UUGAAAUAUUAAACAAAAAACACUAGAUUAUUUCUAUCAAAAAAAAUGAAAGUUUUCGCCUUUUUGUUGACUGUACUCUUGGCCUUUUUCUCAACUUCAUUGGCCUUAAAGGAUCCCAUUUGCGGUCAGCCCUCCGCAGUGAUUGGAAUCUGUCGUGCUGAGAUACCGAAAUUUACCUAUAAUGCCGCAUCAAAUGAAUGCAUUUCAUUCGUCUAUGGCGGCUGCCACGGAAAUGACAACAAUUUUGCCACAAAGGAAGAAUGUGAAGAAAAGUGCAAAGAAUAAUUGACGAAUAAAAUUAACAAUAAAUAUGAAAUGAAAGAAAAGUGA